AUACAACAAAACAAAGCACCACAUUUUACAGAAUCUCAGCCGGCUGUUCGAAAAUAAGUCGAUAUAACUGUGACUCAGUCCUAGAACUCCCCGUCGAGCUCUUACUUACUUUUGUUCAUAGUUAAACGCAGCGGAAUCCAUUCAAAAAUGACAGAUCCACGCGUCCGCCAGCUGGCGAUUAAGUCCGGAGUGGUCAGGCGGUUGACCAAGGAGAAGUUCUGCUACGCCAAGGAGGUGCUGACCGAGCAGACCAGGUUGGAGAAGUUCAGGGGCGAGGGAGCCGACGACCAUGUCCUGCGCAAGCAGGAGGAGGUCAUCCAGGAGUGCGUCAUGAUGGUGCCCGACUCAAAGAGGAGGCUGCAAAAGGAGCUCGAGACUUUGGAGAAGUACCUCGCCGAUGAGCAGGAUCUCAAGGAGACGGAGGAGUACACAAAGGCGGCCGAGAUCGUCAAGGCGGCCAAAGCUGAGCUGGAAAUCUAGGAUCGGCACAUUCCCUAUUCAGCAUUUACCCUUUAAUAUCAGCAUUAUUGCAAAUUCCUGAUGGCCCAAGACCAUCAUCAUCAAGUUCUGAGCUGCAGAGCGGCCCAAAAGCUACGUAUUAAGCAACUUAAUACCCUUUAAUCUUGUUUAAUCUUUAACAAAAUAAAUUAUAUCUUUCCUAUUAGAGCAAUCA